UUCUCAGCCAUAGAUUAACGUGUAUUGACCGCGGUAAAAGAAUUCCAUGAUAUAGGAGAUAGAAUUGCGGUAUUCCCCUAUAAAACAAACGAUGCGCUUCAAUGCAAGGACGCUAUCCUGUGUUUAAGAACCCGCUGAAUUGCCAUCGAGUCAUUCAACGACCAACUAUUCAAACAGUAAGAUGUACCUCUCUAUUUUGUCCAUCGUCAUCGCUGUGUUCGGAGUUGUAGCGAGACCUUUGACGCAGGAUUCACGUGCGAAAAAUCAAGUGAUUUUGAGUUAUACAACGGACACUCAUUCACGUCACGAGACUGGCAUACCCGGACGCUCCGUGCAAGGAUAUUACAGUUACCUCAGUGGUGAUGGCCGGUGGUACAAAGUGACGUACCAGGCGGAUGAGAGAGGAUACCGGGCCAAGACUGAGAUUAUGCCUAGGCAUCUUUACAAUCCAGUUGUCAAUUCCCCACCUGUCCAGCUAUCGAAUAGUGUCGCGGAAGUAACUCCUGCUGCCCAGGUAACGAGUAGUGUCACGGAAGUAACUCCUGCUUUCCAGACUGUCGAAACUGUGACGCACAAGGAAGACAUUUUUGAACAAGAAAGAAUUCCAGAGGAAGUUACAACGAUCAAGACAGUAGAUGUGACGGUUCGUGACACUGAGAAUGUUUUGAAAGAACCAUCGCUGCCAGUUCUCAUAAAUAACGAGCCGGCAGUUUCCAUACACGUCCCGCUUUUUACCAAAGUGUACACGUUGAAAAAAGCAAAUAAUUCCGAACCUAAACGAAGAAAAACUAAAAAUGGAUCUUCUCAAAUUUAUCGCUACAAAUUGGCUUACUUACCGUCUUAUGGCGUGUGGUAAUGGUGCUGAAAAACCAAUCAACGAUUAAAUGAUAUCAAAACGUUUUCAAAUGCCAUCAGACAUUAACGAUGUCAAAUUUUUCUGA